GCGGCCCCCUCCUAAAACCAAACACUCCCGACCCAGGGUUUCACUCGGAGACUCACGAUUCCGACGAUCUCAACUCGUUCUAUCCCGAUCCUUGCAUAUUCCAACCUCCAUACCCACAAUUUUCUGUCCCCAUUUUCUACUAUGAUUAAAAUUUAAUUAUUCGUUUUCUUGAAAUGAUCCCUGUGAUUGAACACUCACAAUCCCCUAAUUCCUUUUCCUCUCAAUUGCAAUUUAGUUUUUGCUAAGGAGGUCUCCUCUCCAGCUCAAUUUUCAGGGAAGAGACAGAGACUUUUUCUUCUCAACAGCGAAAAGGGUUUUGUUGUUCCUGUGAUUUAUAUUCGGCUUGUUUCGCUUCUAGCUCGAUGAGAUUACCUUGAGAGCGGCUGGAGGACAGCCCUCCAAAUGCUCUUGAAGAUGGCGUCUCUUCGCUCUGGUGGAUUCCUAGAUCCUGGAUGGGAGCAUGGCGUGGCUCAAGAUGAGAAAAAGAAGAAAGUCAGAUGCAACUAUUGUGGUAAAGUAGUCAGUGGUGGGAUAUAUAGAUUGAAGCAGCAUUUGGCUCGGCUUUCUGGAGAAGUAACCUAUUGUGACAAGGCCCCAGACGAAGUAUGCCUAAAAAUGAGAGAAAACCUAGAAGGCUGCCGUUUCAGUAAGAAAUCAAGGCAGGUGGAAUACGAGGAACAAUCUUAUUUGAAUUUCCAUGCUGCUGACGACGUAGAGGAGGAAGAUCAUGCUGGAUAUAAGAACAAAGGGAAGCAUUUGAUGAGUGACAAGGGUUUAGUGAUUAACAUGACUCCUCUCCGGUCCUUGGGCUAUGUCGAUCCUGGUUGGGAGUAUGGCGUUCCGCAAGAUGAGAGGAAGAAGAAGGUGAAAUGCAAUUACUGUGAGAAAAUAGUCAGUGGGGGAAUUAACCGAUUCAAACAGCACCUGGCUCGAAUACCUGGAGAAGUUGCUCCUUGUAAAAGUGCUCCAGAAGAGGUAUACCUCAAGAUGAAAGAAAACAUGAAAUGGCAUCGUACAGGGAGGAGGCACAGGCGACCUGAUACUAGAGAAAUUUCGGCUUUUUACAUGAAUUCUGAUAAUGAAGAAGAGGAAGAGCAAGAAGUAGAAGCCAUACACCACUUGAGCAGUGAAAAAGCUUUACUUCGUGAUAAAAGGUUGGGAAGUGAUGUAAGAAGAGCUGUCAAAGGGAUGUUUCACGCUACGAGUUCUGAAUCUUUGUCAAAAAGACCAAGAUUUGAUGCCAUUGCCCUAAAGACACCCAAAACUCAGAUUCAAGCUUCUAGCAAGCAACCAAGAGCAGCUUCUAGCAGAAAAUCCCGCAAGGAAGUUGUGUCUGCUAUCUGCAAAUUCUUCUACCAUGCUGGUGUUCCUGCACAUGCAGCAAACUCCCCCUAUUUCCACAAAAUGCUGGAGUUGGUGGGUCAAUAUGGACAAGAUUUUGUGGCUCCUUCAAGCCGAGUUUUAUCUGGGCGAUUUUUGCAAGAUGAAAUAUUCACUGUCAGAAACUACCUUGCUGAAUACAGAGCUUCGUGGGCUGUUACAGGCUGUUCUGUUUUGGCAGACAGUUGGCGAGACACACAGGGUAGGACAUUAAUCAAUAUUUUGGUUUCUUGUCCUCGGGGAACAUACUUUGUUUGUUCAGUUGAUGCUACAAAUGCUGUUGAUGAUGCAACAUAUUUGUUUAAGUUGCUCGACAAAGUGGUUGAAGAGAUGGGUGAGGAAAAUGUUGUCCAGGUUAUUACUGAGAACACACCCAGUCAUCAGGCUGCUGGGAAGAUGCUUGAAGAGAAAAGGAGGAACCUGUUUUGGACCCCUUGUGCUGCCUAUUGUAUUGACCAAAUGCUCUCGGAUUUUGUGAAAAUAAAAUGGGUGGGAGAAUGCUUGGAGAAAGGCCAAAGGAUCACAAAAUUUAUUUAUAAUCGAAUGUGGUUGCUGACGCUCAUGAAAAAAGAAUUUACAGGAGGGCAAGAACUUCUGAGGCCAUCUGUCACUCGGUGUGCUUCAAAUUUCACUACUCUGCAAAGUUUGUUGGACCAUAGGGUUGGUCUUAAAAGAAUGUUCCAAUCGAACAAAUGGCUUUCAUCUCGGUUUUCAAAAUUGGAGGAGGGUAAAGAAGUGGAGAAGAUUGUAUUGAGUGCCUCAUUUUGGAAGAGGGUCCAGUUUGUCCGGAAAUCAGUAGACCCCAUAGUUGAAGUGCUUCAGAAGGUCAAUGGUGGAGACAACCUUUCCAUUUCAUUCAGCUAUCAUGACAUGUUUAGGGCAAAGAUUGCAAUCAAAGCCAACCAUGGUGAUGAUGCACGUAAAUAUGGGCCUUUUUGGAAUGUGAUAGACAGUCACUGGAAUUUAUUAUUUCACCAUCCACUUUAUUUGGCUGCUUAUUUCCUGAAUCCAUCCUAUCGAUACCGUCCUGAUUUUGUCCCGCAUCCAGAUGUUGUACGUGGAUUAAAUGCAUGCAUUGUUAGGCUUGAAGCAGACAAUACAAAGAGGAUUUCUGCAUCCAUGCAGAUUUCUGACUUUGGUGCUGCCAAAGCUGAUUUUGGAACUGACUUGGCCAUUAGUACCAGGACAGAGCUUGAUCCAGCUGCAUGGUGGCAACAACAUGGUAUAAAUUGCCUGGAGCUCCAACGGAUAGCUGUGCGCAUACUCAGUCAAACUUGCUCCUCUUUUGGUUGUGAACAUAACUGGAGCAUUUUCGAUCAGAUUUACAGCCAAAGGCACAAUCAUGUUGCCCAAAAAAGGUUAAAUGACAUAAUCUAUGUUCACUACAACUUGCGGCUUAGGGAGCGCCAGAUAUGGAAAAGGUCCAGUGACUCGAUUUCCCUUGAUGGAGUACUGGAAGAAACUUUAUUGUAUGACUGGAUAGUGGAGAGGGAGAAGCAAGCCGUACUGGAAGAUGAGGAAAUCCUGUAUAGUGACAUGGAGCAUGUGGAGACGUAUGAGAACGAAUUGGAUCACGAUGAUGGAAAUGCUGCAGACUCCAGAAAGGGAUCCUUGGAGAUGGUAACAGUGGCCGAUAUAGUGGAACCUUUGGACGUGAAUCCUGCUCAUGCCUGUGGAGGCUGUGACGAUGAGGGUGAUACGAAUUUCUUUGACGAUGACCAAAGCGAUUAAGUUACCUUGCCGGACCGGCCGUCGGAUGUACUUGAACAAUGGAAUCAGUUGUAUAGAGAGUUACUGUAGAUUGAUUUUUGUAGUUCAAUUCAUGUAGUAGUAUUCCUCCAGAAUCCAAUUUUACAAAAAGAUUAAUCUUAUCUUGUUAUUUUGGUUUGAGCCCGGGAAUAAAUAGUUUAACUUUUUCAGGA